AUGCCGGUGCCCACCACCAACUGCCGCGCCUGCUACGAGUACGAGCGCCGCGAGGGCUGCUCGCGUGUGGCGGGCGACGAGGAGGACGACGUCGACGACCUGGAGGGCGAGUUCGUCCUUCAGGACGGCGACGCGGGGCACGACGACGACCCGCAGUACGUCGCCGAAUCCAUGCUCAGGGCGGAGAUGAGCUACGGCCGUGGCGGGGACAUGCAUCCUGGCUUCAUCCCCGCCUCCAAUGUGCCGCUCCUCACCAACGGUCAGAUGGUUUUCGCCUAUCGGUCCAGAGGAGCUCGUGCGGCCCGUCAAUGGCGGGUGCCGUGA